AUGACGGGCGGAACAGAUCUUCCGCGACGCGACUGGCGAGAAAGCGAAGACGAGGUGCGGCUCCCUUCUUUGUCUUUUCACGUGAGCGACGAAUACUUAGGAAGCGCUAGUGUCCAAGCUUCAGAGAUAUCGAUUAUUGCAUUAGUCUCGAAACCGCUAAUCAACACAUUUCUAGAGGACGGACGAAAAGGGCAAUUGGUUGUCAUUAUUCCAUCGCAAUAUACGUCUGCCACAUCAUUUCUUUCUCUCUUACAGAGGAUGCUUGAGUCUAUGGUUCUCUUGGAGGCACUCACAGCGACUCGUGUGAUACUGCGCAUACUCCCGUUGUCUCUCAAUGGAUCGGAACUUUCAUGGCUUCAUCUGGCCGGCAUGUUGGCCUUAGUUGAUUCAGGAAUUCCAUUACGUUAUCUCAGCACGAUGGUAGGAGUUGGACUGUCAUACAAUAAGCACGAUGCAUCCCAGAAGAUAGUCCUUGAUCCAUACGGUGGAGAAGCAGACGCAACUCUCUAUGUGGAGGCAGCCAUAGAUUCAAUAGAUGUAGAAUGUAAGGAAGCUCCUGCAACAAGCGUUAUAGCAAACCACACAAGAAGUACAGCUCCCAAGAAUAUCAUUAGAACAGUGGCUAAUGGUCCUCUUCUUGUUUCCCACCUUGACCUGUGUAUAUGCAAAGCCAUGAGUGCUUUAGAGCCACUUAACAGAUGUAUCCUACAAGCAAUAGCUUAG